AUGGUGCCCCGACGCCCACUCCCCAACCUCUACAUUCGAGACUUUGAUCCAGACAGCACUUUCCAAGGCCAUGACUCCGAGGCGAUAGCGAACGCGCUCACUACACACUCGCAAAAGAUGGCCGACAUUGCAAAAGAGAUUACAGCCUCAUCGUCUGGCCUCGGUACAGCGUCCUAUCAGGGUCACGAUUCAUCCGAUAUUGCCAAAGCGGUUCAGAGCUACGUCGUCAGCCACCAAGACACCCCUUGGUCGCAAAAGUUUACCCAACCUUCUGACAUUCUCGCAGUCACAAGUAGCCCUUCGGCAGACUUUGCAGCCAGCGUGCUGGCAGCAGAUUCCAUGUCCAGCAUAGGCACUGCUCCCGGGCUCGCCCCGGUGUUUUCGCUCUCUGGCCUCAUACACGACCAGUACUGGAUGAGCAUCAUCCUUUGCAUAGCAUGGAUCGUCUCUGGCCUUUUCUUGCUCUUCUUCGGCUGGGCAUCGUUCUUCUGGGGUUGCAGUCUUGGAAACAAGCGAAAGAGGAUCGACGAAAAGGUGACAAAAGCUAGCCGUCUUAGCCCGCUUUUUGCGGGACCGCCGCUAGCGGGCGGUGUGGGCGGUGCGGUGGUCGGAUUCCUCUUCUUCUCCUUCCUCGCCUCUGUCGUCACUGCGUCCAUUUGCGUGGCCGAGAUCAAAUCAGUCUCUUCCACCUGGUAUUUCGUCAUCUGGCUCCUUCCUGGUCUAUUGGGUGCUUUCCUUGCAGGCCACUGGCCGUUGUUCGCUCGAACAUUUACGGGUCUGCUGUCAGGAGCAUCCCUGACGCUCAUCAUUACUGCGAUGUUCGGCAUCCACACGCUCAUCAUUCGCGCUAUCAUUGUCGCAGUCUGCACCGCCCUCAUCACUGCUCCGCUGCUCAUCCCGAGGCGCAACAUGAUCCACUUCCACAUGCUCAACAUCUGCACUUCGAUCAUCGGCAUGGUCACCUUCCUCGACGGAGUCGCGCUUUUCGCUCCCUCGCGAGCGAGCUCGGAUGCAUGGAUCGAACUCUGGGUGCUCCUCUUUGCGGGAGACAAUACCAGCUCGGAGAUGAGUGCGACUAAAAAGUGGGGCUCUUCGGUUUUCAAAGGUUUCAUUGCUGCCUCGGUCUUGGGCACGUUGGUAGGGUUCGUUUUUGAGUUCCUCUUCCAUAAGCACGCCGCCGAAGACCCGGAUAUGGAGUGGAACAACUACCUGGGCACCUACACCCAACGACUCGAAAACCAGGACACGACCGACUUGAAUGACAGGGCUGGAUCGUUCGAGCCUGCUCCGAACGCCUGGCAGAAGCUGUCCCGCGCAUUCGCGUCUUCCGGGGGUCCAGCCUCCUACGGCAACGUCUCGACGUCGAACGAUCUCGAGAAAAGCCCGCUGACCGACCUUCCUGGCCAGAAAGCUCGACAGCAUGCACACCGUACUCGCUCGUCCAAGGCUCGCAAGGCGCCGGCCAAGUUCGCCGCUUUGAACAAAGGUCACAAGGGCCUCGAUCUCGCAGAUUCGGACUCGGAUGGCACGACAGACUAUGACAGCGAUUCGAGCCUUCGCAAGUCCAGUCCAAGCAGCAAGGCUGUCUCUGCAAAGAGUUUGCUCUCCAAGGCAGAUGCUGAUGAGCUCGCGGAUCAACUCAAGCCGCUCACUGCAAGCGGUGAUGUAAAGCUCGACAAAUCGGCGGCAACACUCUUGCCCAGACCGCCAAGCUAUCGUACCAACAGCAGCAAAAGUGGCAGCGGUUCCACAGCAAGCGGUCUCAGUGGCACCACUGCCAACUCUUCCGAUAAUCCCGCGCCAGCUGAUGUGCGACCGACGGCUCAGCGCACCGGCACCAUGUCACCUCCUCCAUCCUUUUCCGCUUCAGGCAGUCCGGCCACGUCGCCUUUGGUACCCUCUUUCCCUGCUACGCCGUCCCUUGUGAAUGCUAUUACGCGUAUCCAAGCUGCUCAAGCUCAAGCCAAAGCUUGGUACGAAACACAGCAGGGGCAGCGCUCGACUUCACCCAACCAUCCAUCAUCGCAGCUCGAGCCAGGAAAGCCAACUACCAAGAUUGCGAUUCAGCCAUCCUCGAACAAGUCUACAGAUGCGUCUUCUACGCGUGCGGCCGAUCCGUCCGCUGCGACAGACACCAACUCCUUUCAGAGCUGGUGGGGUAAAGAGGUUAAGCGCGAUUCUCCACCUUCUUGA